GCCGCUGUCUCUCACAGCCGAGGUCUGAGACAGGCAGGCCGUGAGUAAGACUGUGUAUUUAGGGAUGUCACCUUUCACUGCCCUCCAUUCUUCUGACUCCUCUCCCCACUUAUCCUUGUCCUCUGAGCCUGUCCUUUUUCUCCUCCCGACUUCCUUAUUUACCUUCCCACUGUGACGGCAUCUCGCUCUCCCCUGUCUUCUUGGGUUUAAAGUCUCGACCGACUUCUCUUCAGCGUGAUCAGUGGGAAUUCGGAGGCCAGUUCGUGUUCCUUUUAGGUGUUUUCCAUGCUCCAUCAUGUUGAGGGCUAAGACUUGGCUUCUUUUGCUUUCACCUCAUCACCUGAAGCAGCUCAAAGAGUCAUCAGGAUCCAGGCUUAUAUGGCGGAGACUUCUGCACCAGCAACAACCCCUUCAUCCAGAAUGGGCUGCCCUGGCCAAAAAGCAGUUGAAAGGCAAAAACCCAGAAGACCUGAUAUGGCAUACUCCAGAAGGGAUCUCCAUAAAACCCUUAUAUUCUAGCAGGGAUACCAAUGACUUACCUGAAGAAAUUCCAGGAGUGAAGCCAUUCACACGUGGACCAUAUCCCACCAUGUACACCUUUAGGCCCUGGACCAUCCGCCAGUAUGCUGGUUUUAGUACUGUGGAAGAAAGCAAUAAGUUCUAUAAAGACAAUAUUAAGGCUGGUCAGCAGGGAUUAUCAGUUGCCUUUGAUCUGGCGACACAUCGUGGAUAUGAUUCAGAUAAUCCUCGAGUUCGUGGUGAUGUUGGAAUGGCUGGUGUUGCUAUUGACACUGUGGAAGAUACCAAAAUUCUUUUUGAUGGAAUUCCUUUAGAAAAAAUGUCAGUUUCCAUGACCAUGAAUGGAGCAGUUAUUCCAGUUCUUGCGACUUUUAUAGUAACUGGAGAAGAACAAGGUGUACCUAAAGAGAAACUCACUGGUACAAUCCAAAAUGAUAUACUAAAGGAGUUUAUGGUCAGAAAUACUUAUAUUUUUCCUCCAGAACCAUCCAUGAAAAUUAUUGCUGACAUCUUCCAGUAUACAGCAAAGCACAUGCCAAAAUUUAAUUCAAUUUCAAUUAGUGGAUACCAUAUGCAGGAAGCAGGGGCUGACGCCAUUCUGGAACUGGCCUAUACUAUAGCAGAUGGGUUGGAAUACUGUAGAACUGGACUCCAGGCUGGUCUGACAAUUGAUGAAUUUGCACCAAGGUUGUCUUUCUUCUGGGGAAUUGGGAUGAACUUUUAUAUGGAAAUAGCAAAAAUGAGAGCUGGGAGAAGACUCUGGGCUCACUUAAUAGAGAAAAUGUUUCAGCCUAAAAACUCUAAAUCUCUUCUUCUAAGGGCUCAUUGUCAGACAUCAGGAUGGUCACUUACUGAGCAGGACCCUUAUAAUAACAUCAUUCGUACUACAGUAGAAGCAAUGGCGGCAGUGUUUGGAGGGACUCAGUCUUUGCACACAAAUUCUUUUGAUGAAGCCUUGGGUUUGCCAACUGUGAAAAGUGCCCGAAUUGCCAGGAAUACACAAAUCAUUAUUCAAGAAGAAUCUGGGAUUCCCAAAGUGGCUGAUCCUUGGGGAGGUUCCUAUAUGAUGGAAUCUCUCACGAAUGAUGUUUAUGACGCUGCCUUGAAGCUUAUUCAUGAAAUUGAAGAGAUGGGUGGAAUGGCCAAAGCUGUAGCAGAAGGAGUACCUAAACUUCGAAUUGAAGAAUGUGCUGCCCGAAGGCAAGCAAGAAUAGAUUCUGGUUCUGAAGUGAUUGUUGGAGUAAAUAAGUACCAAUUGGAAAAAGAAGAAUCUGUGGAUGUUCUUGCGAUUGAUAAUACAUCAGUACGUAACAAGCAGAUUGAAAAACUCAAGAAGGUCAAAUCCAGCAGGGAUGAAACCUUGGCUGAACGAUGUCUUGCUGCAUUGACUGCAUGUGCUGCCAGUGGAGACGGGAAUAUUUUGGCUCUUGCAGUGGAUGCAGCUCGUGCAAGAUGUACAGUUGGAGAAAUCACAGAUGCUAUGAAAAAGGUAUUUGGUGAACAUAAAGCUAAUGAUCGUAUGGUCAGUGGAGCUUAUCGGCAGGAAUUUGGAGAAAGUAAAGAGAUAUCAUUUGCUAUCCAGAGGGUUCAUAAAUUCAUGGAACGUGAAGGUCGCAGACCUCGUCUUCUUGUGGCAAAAAUGGGGCAAGAUGGACAUGACAGAGGAGCAAAAGUUAUUGCUACAGGAUUUGCCGAUCUUGGUUUUGAUGUGGACAUAGGUCCUCUUUUUCAGACUCCCCGAGAAGUGGCCCAGCAGGCUGUGGAUGCAGAUGUGCAUGCCGUGGGUGUGAGCACGCUCGCUGCUGGUCAUAAAACCCUAGUUCCUGAGCUCAUCAGAGAACUUAACUCCCUUGGACGGCCAGACAUUCUUGUCAUGUGUGGAGGGGUGAUACCACCACAGGAUUAUGACUUUCUGUUUGAAGUCGGAGUUUCCAGUGUAUUUGGUCCUGGGACUCGAAUUCCAAAGGCUGCCGUUCAAGUGCUUGGUGAUAUUGAGAAGUGUUUGGAAAAGAAGCAGAAAUCUGUGUAACAUCCUCUUUUUGAGUUAGCUUUUUUUCUAGAAUAGUGUUUCAAUGAUGGUCAAAGAGUAAAACUGUGUGUUCAAUUUAAUUCAACCCCUGAUACGUACUUUCUUAAAACUACAUUAAAAUACCUGACUUAAGAAUUUUGUGAUGUUAUAAGCGUGUAUGUACAGUUUCACUUUAAAAAUUAAAUAUACUUAAAAACUCU